AUGGAGGCCCCUCGGUGGUGGCUGCUGGUCCCUGCGCUCAUGGCUGUGGGUCAUUGUCUGGCCCUGGUUCACCAAGAAGACUCUGAUCCCAUCGACCCCAGCCCUGAGGACAAUCCUCCCGGGCCUACCCUGCCCUGCCACAAGCUUUCUGUGAGCAACAUAGACUUUGCCUUUGACCUCUACAGACAGCUGGCUUUGGACGCCCCUGGAGAGAACAUUCUCUUCUCCCCAGCGAGCAUCACCUUGGCCUUGGCCACGCUCUCCCUGGGAGCCCCUGUAGCCAAUAGGGCCCAACUUCUAGAGGGCCUGGGGUUCAACCUCACCAUGCUGCCCGAGGCCGAGAUCCAGGAGGCCUUCCAGGACCUGCUGCUCAGGCUCCCUGCGCAGGACCCCCAGCUCCUCCUGACUGUGGGCCAGCGCAAGUUCAGUGGCCUGGGCCCUGGAGCCCCCCAGGACCCAGUGGGGGCCCAGAAAUGCAUCCACGAGUAUGUGGAGAAGCAGACGCAGGGGAAACUUGGGGCCUGGGUGGAGGAGCUCAGGAAUGAGACUGCAGCAGUCCUCGUGAAUCACGUGUUCCUUAGAGCGGGGUGGGCGCGACCCUUUGACCCGAGCGCCACCAGCCCGAGGAAGUUCUUCAUGGACGAGCGCCGGAGCGUGCAGGUGCCCAUGAUGAAGCAGAAGGCCCGUCACCGCUUCCUCCACGACCCCGAGCUGCAGUGCACCGUGCUGCAGAUGGACCACGCCGCCAACGCCACCACCCUCUUCAUCUUCCCCAAGCGGGGCCGGCUGGGGCAGCUGGAGGGCGCCCUGCUGCCCGAGGCGCUGAUCAAGUGGGACAGUCUGCUCAGGGCCAGAGAACUCGAUUUCCACUUCCCCAAAUUUUCCAUCUCCAGCACCUCCAGACUGAAGCUGCUCCUCCCACAAGUGACUGUGGGCGGAGGCCUCCCCGGGCAGCCUGGCCUGAGCAUUUCCAAGGUCACUCACAGGGCUGCGAUGACUCUGGAUGAGAAGGGCUCUGAGGCUGCGGCUGCCACCAGCAUCCAGCUCACUGCCGGGCCUCACCCCGACCCCGACACCACACCCGCCCCAGACACUGAGUUCAACAGGCCCUUCCUGGUGAUGACCUUCCACACAGACACAGGGAGCAUGCUUUUCCUGGGGAGGAUUGUAAACCCCCUGGGGUAA